AUGCGCAUACUGCAUGCAUUAAGCCCUGCCGAGCGCGAGGGGUCUCCAGUAUACCGCCGGGUUCUCGCAGUAACCUACGACCUCGACAUAGAUAUUUCGCUCCGUUCAGCAAUUCCACCUUUACAGCCCAUCCCGACCGCGUCUCUGAAACAACUUUUCGAUGAUCGCAUCAAGAACACGAAUUACCAUCACCCCAAUCAUAAUUUUGCUUCCUCCUAUAUCUUUGACCUGUUGGAUUCGUACUAUGAAUUGACCAACCUGAAAGGCCAUGUGUACCGUGAGCUCUACUCCACCUCUGCCGACGAUAAAAGUGAUGCAGAGAUUAUCACAAUCGUCGGUCAGCUCGACACACUUCUCCAAGCCUGGAGAGACGGUAUUCCCCAUGAUUAUCGGCCAGAGCUCGCUAGACCUGACGACAUUGUCAGAAGGGAUCCACAUCUGUCUAUUCUAUACAUGCAUUUCAGCUAUUACAGCUGCAUUUUGGCUAUCCACAGGAGAGCAAUCAGUCGAGCAACAUGGUCAAUGGACAUCGACCCUCGCUCUAAUCGGCCUUUGUCUCUUCGCUCGCCAAAUCCGCGAACAUUGGUGUCUGCUCAGCUGUGUAUGCGGGCUGCACGAGAAUUAAUGGAACUAGUCCGACAUAUUCCACGAGAUCAUGCAUUAUUCGCAGGUUCCAUCGCAUACGGUACGAUGUUCGCCUUUAUGAUCCUCUCCAUGCUCAUUGUGCAAGAUCCACAAGUCGCUACCGGGAGCACAGACACCAAACUAAUGCUUACGGUGGAAAACUUCUUCUCAGAAAUUUCCAUGAUCCGAUCGGAUGAGAAUAUUACUAACUUUGUACAAUGCUGCGCCCGAUAUCGAUCGAUUGCAGAAGCAGCAAUCAAGCAGAGCCAAGAGGGUGUGUUGGAAAAAUAA